AUGACCCUCACCCAGCCCUGUCCCUUCUCCCUUCCAGCCCAGACCCUCGGCCUCACUGGUGCCCAGACCACCCAGCUGCUGGUGGAGCCCCCCUGGAGGCCGGCGGUGCUGUGGGACCGGGUGACACUGACCUGCCAGGGCUCGGGGACUGCUGGUGACACCACCUGGUACAAGGAUGGGCAGCACUGGUGGCAGGAGGGAGGCGACCAUUUCACUGUCACUGAAAGUGGCACCUACACAUGUGAAAGACCCAGCACUGGGCUCAGCCACCCCGUGAAUGUCUCAGACGGUGCCAGCGCGGGCACUGCUGGAGGGGGAAAUGCUGACACUGCGCUGCGGUACAGGCAGGAAAAGUCGGUUGAUUCAGUGUUCUUCUACCGCGAGGAGACAGAACUGGGAGGCGUCUACAAUGGGACCGAGCUUUCCCUGUCCCCUCUGCAGCUGAACCACAGAGGCCGCUACCGCUGCAAGGCCUGGGUGAACAAUGGGGUAUCAUGGGGAUGGGAGGAGUCAGCGCUGGUGACAGUGACAGUGCAUGUGCCCGUGGCGGAUGCCACCAUCAUUUUUGGUACCCUAUCACACCAGGUGCGUGCAGGUGACAACGUGACCCUGCGCUGCAUGGUGCAGGUGGGCUCAGCCCCUGUCACCUUCACCUGGCAGCACAAUGGGCAGCAGGUGGCCCGGGGUCCCCUCCUGGAGGUCAGGGCCGUCAGGGUUGAACAUUCGGGCACCUACCAGUGCGUGGCCACCAAUCAGCUUGGACAGGACGGACACCUGGCCGCAGGGGUCAGUGGGGCCCUUUUGUUCCUGCUCCUGCUCGUGGGUGUCAUUGUGGCCUGGCACUGGUGGCACCGCAGGGAUGCCAGGAAGCACCAGGAAAGGGCCCACCCAGACCCCCUGGCACCCUCGGUGGAGGAUCCUCAGACGACGUACGUUGAGCUGCAAAGACAACCGUGGGAACCCAGUGACAUCUGUGACAAUCUACACCAAAAGUUGUGA